AACAAAGCUAAGAUGUACUUCAAGUGUAUAACUUCAUUAUCAAUUUUUGGUCUACUAUCCGCUGCUCGGGAUUCCAGACCGGAGGAAAGGAUCAUUGGAGGCCACGCUAUUCUCAUAGAAUAUGUCCCUUGGCAAGUGUCGUUGUUAAAAAAUAUGUUCCACAUUUGUGGUGGAGCCAUACAAAGUGAUCGUGUUAUUCUGACUGCCGCUCACUGUGUCGUUGGCAAAAAACUAGAAGAUUUGUCAAUCCGCGCUGGAUCCUCGGUUUUGAAAAAAGGGGGUCAGGUGGUGAAGGUUCUGAAAGCUAUACCCCAUGCGAAAUACGUAUUUGAAACUGUUCCUUUCGACAUUGCUGUGCUCAUUUUGGAAUCACCCCUCAAGUUCAACAGCCGUGUGCAAAAAAUAGAUAUUGCUGAUGAAACCCCCCCGGUCGGAAAUAUGACCUUGGUCACAGGAUGGGGUUGUACAAAUUUUGAUGCUAACUUCAGUUGGCCAAUACUACAAAGGGGUCCAUGUGCAAGUCGUUGAAUGUGAAGAGGAAACUUCUGAUGUAAUUUGCACCGACACUCGCAGGGGAACAGUAUGUCAAGGUGAUUCUGGCGGACCUUUGGUUAGAUUAACCGACUUUAAGCUCAUCGGUAUAGUUUCCAUGGGCACCGACGUUCAUGAAGAAGGCCGUGGAGGGUACGUGAACACUGUUUCUCUAAUCGAUUGGAUCAACAGCACAGUUACAGAGAAUAUCGGUUAAAUUCCUUAAUAAAUAAGUAAAUAAAUAAAUAUGUAAAUGGACAUGCUCAAAUUAAAAUUUCUAAAUGUAAAGAACAA